AUGACAGUCCCAGCCAAAGAGGAGGAAUGUGUGGUCAUGUUUGCUCCCGCACGUUCCAGCAUUAAUGGCAAUUACAACAUUCUGGAAGAUCAUUUAAAAGCCGAACAGGUCACCAUUAUUGUAUUGGACGACAAUGGCAAGGCAUUUUAUCGAUCCAAAUACAAUCGAGAUCACGGGAGUUUCAGUAUCAAACACUAUACCACCGAACGCUUUCAACUCUGCGUCCAGAACCAUUUGUUCAAUCGACGACGAUUCGACAAUUUACCCCGCAGCGUGGGCAUUAGCAUUCGUGUCGAUCCACCCACCAAGGAGGAUCUCGAUGAAAAAACAAAAUCAUUAAUGGAAUACUCCGAAAAGGUAUUUUCCGCCGUCAAUGAUCUCAAGGGACAUUUCAGUUUUCGAAAGGUACGAGAAACACAUCAUCGACAAAUUGUCGAACGCAUCUUUACCGAAUUACUCUAUUGGACGGUGGGCGAAGCCAUUUUUGUCGUGCUGUUGGCCGUUGGUGGGGUACUCUAUCUACAACACGCCAUUAGCAAAACUAUACUAUAG